AUGGUAAACACUAAACAGGUCCUCGCCUUUAUGGGCAGUGCCUCUUAUGCUAUAGCCCAACCUUCAUACGUGUCUCAUCCUGAAAGAGCUGAUGCUGUCAAAGCCGCGUUUCAGCGUUCUUGGGAUGGCUAUUAUCAAUACGCGUUCCCUAACGAUACCUUGAGGCCUAUCUCAAAGACGUACCAGAAUGAUCGAAAUGGAUGGGGGGCCAGCGCGGUUGACGCCAUCUCUACAGCUCUAGUAAUGGGAAAUGGAGAUGUCAUCAACGCCAUCGUAGACCAUAUCCAGUCCAUUAACUUUAACGCCACUGCUCCUGGCUCAGAGAGCGUCUCCGUAUUUGAAACUACCAUCCGCUACUUGGGUGGCCUCCUCUCGGCAUACGAUUUUCUAAACGGUCCUUUAAAACAGUACGCAAAGGACCAGGCUUCGGUUGACAAUAUUCUUCAGCAAGCAAUUAAUCUAGCUGAUAUUCUCAGCGUGGCUUUCGAUACCCCCAGUGGAAUCCCCAUAAACACGCUGAUCUACAGCUCAGACGGGUACCACGUCGGUAGUGAUACUACUAACGGUAUUGCUACCAUUGGAACUUUGGUGCUUGAGUGGACUCACUUGAGUGACAUCACGGGAGAUGAUAAAUAUGCAAAGUUAACACAGGUCGCUGAGGACUACCUUCUCAACGUACGCAAUCCGGACGUGGGCGAGCCGUAUCCUGGAUUGAUCGGAACCGAUGUCAACAUUUCCGAUGGCACUUUCGCAGACUCCAGCGGUGGUUGGAAUGGCGGCACAGACUCCUUCUACGAGUAUCUCAUCAAGAUGUACGUCUACGACCAGGACCGUUUUGGCGCUUACAAGGACCGAUGGAUUGCUGCCGUCGACUCCAGCAUCCAGUACUUAGCGUCUAACCCGACCUCUCGCCCCGAUUUGACAUUCCUUGCCGCCUACAGUGGGUAUGACCAGCUUGACUUCGUGUCGACUCAUCUUGCGUGCUUCGACGGAGGCAGCUUCAUUCUUGGCGGCUUGACCCUCGAUAAUGAUACGUACACCAAAUUCGGACUCGACCUUGUGAAUGCGUGUCAUGAGACCUACAUCGCGACUGUCACUGGCAUUGGGCCGGAGGUCUUCUACUGGCAAGACAGCAAAGUAGCAGCCAACGCUAGCAAUAACAGCCCGCCCCCAUCGGAUUCCGCCAGCUUUUACGAGACUGCUGGUUUCUGGAUCCCAUCCGGCGGCGGGGAUUACGUGCUGCGACCCGAGGUCAUCGAAAGCUUCUACUACGCGUACCGCGCGACCGGAGACACCAAGUACCAGGACUGGGCUUGGGAGGCGUUCCAGAACAUCAAUAAGACGUGUGCCGCAGGUGUCGGAUACAGCUCUAUCGAUAACGUAAACGUCGAAGGCGGCGGCGGGUUCGACGAUUUCCAAGAGAGCUUCUGGUUCGCCGAGGUCCUGAAGUACAGCUACUUGAUCCAGGCGGAUGACGCGGCGUGGCAGGUCAACGCUGGCCAUGACAACACGUGGGUUUUCAACACGGAGGCACACCCCGUCCUAGUCAAGGGCAGCCCGAUUUAGACUCACAUACAUAUAGAAAUGGGCAAGCUAAGAGGCGUGUGCAUUUUUGAUAUAAGAUAUCUAGCAGUAACAGUCGGGGAUUAAUUAAUCUUGCAUUGGGUCGGCG